AUGAGAAUGAUAUUUCUACACGCUGUCACCUUCUUGGGGAUCCUCUGUGGAGUAUCUGCUAAGUGUUUGUCCUAUCGGAAUGUCGCCCUUCAAGGUCGAGCAACUCAGUCCUCAAUUUUAAAUCUGGUACAACAUGGCUAUCAGUCAGCAGCCAUAAAUGCAGUAGAUGGGAACCAAGACCCGUACUUUUACCACGGUUCCUGCUCACAUACACACAAUGAACUGUCUCCCUGGUGGAGGGUGGAUCUGCUGAAACCAUACAAAAUUGCCUACAUCUCCAUCACUAAUAGAGGAGACUGCUGUAGUGAGAGACUGAAUGGUGCCGAAAUUCUCGUUGGAAACUCUCUGAGUAACAACGGAAACAAUAAUGCCAGAUGUGAGGUGGUUACCUCUAUCCCAGCUGGAGCAACUCACAAGUUCUUCUGCCAUGGCAUAGUUGGUAGAUACGUCAAUGUAGUUUUACGUGGUAAAAAAGAAUAUCUUCAAUUAUGUGAAGUUCAAGUCUGGACCGCCGACAGGCAUUGA